GGCGACCCGACCCCGCGUGACGCAGCUCGUUGGCCCCGCCCACAUCAGGCUGCGCCGCUCGGUACCGGCGGAGCGUUUCUCUCCGUGCUCCUCUCCUGCGGAAGGAGUUCCCUUCGCAGCGCCGUCCGUUGCCGCCGCAGAUCGCCGCUGCAGAUAUGGCCUCCGACGGCAUGGACGAGAGAUCCCCGCUACUGUCGGCGCCCAACUCGGGCAACGUGACCCCCACGGCUCCCCCGUACCUACAGGAGAGAAGCCCGAGAGCGGAGCUCCCGCCACCCUACACGGCCAUCGCAAGCCCCGACGCCGGCGGGGUUCCUGUCAUCAACUGUCGCGUGUGCCAGUCGCUCAUCAACCUGGAUGGCAAACUCCAUCAGCAUGUGGUCAAGUGCACUGUCUGUAACGAGGCCACGCCAAUCAAAAACCCGCCAAAUGGAAAGAAGUACGUGAGGUGUCCGUGUAAUUGCCUGCUAAUCUGUAAGGACACGUCUCGGAGGAUAGGGUGCCCGCGGCCCAACUGCAGACGCAUCAUCAACCUGAGCCCGGUGAUGGUCAUCCCAGAGGAGCAGCCCGCACAGCCGGCCUUGCCCGUGCAGCCCGAGGGCAUGCGUGUGGUGUGCGGCCACUGCGGGAACACGUUUCUGUGGAUGGAGCUCCGAUUCAACACACUGGCAAAGUGCCCACACUGCAAAAAGAUAUCGUCCGUCGGCAGUGCUCUCCCGCGAAGGCGCUGCUGUGCCUACAUCACGGUGGGGAUGAUCUGCAUCUUCAUCGGUGUCGGCUUAACCGUGGGCACGCAGGAGUUCGCCAGACGUUACCAUGCCACCUACGUCUCCUGGGCCUUCGCCUACCUCCUGGGCCUCAUCUGCCUGGUGCGGGCCUGCUACUGGGGCGCCAUCAAAGUCAGCUACCCGGAAAACAGCUUCGCGUAGGCGCCUCGGACAGGAAGUGCCCGCUCGCGCACGCUCCCCCCCCCGGCCACUUCGGUUACUUUACGGUCCCAGCAAAAGCGACUCCAGUCCGGGUCAUUGUGGUCGCGCUCUAAUCGCCAGCGGCUCUAAACAUCGGGCCGCGUCGUCUACUGUACGUGACUUGUUCCGUGUAUUUGUUAAUUUGGUGGAUGGAGUCUUUUGACCAAACGGUCUUUCUGUAUUAUCUAAGCUGCAAAUGAAUAACGUACUUAAAAUUAGUCUUAAUAAUUAUUAAACGUUGACGAUUCGAUUCAUAUAGUUAGCUGCUACUAGCGCACCUGUUGGACACGGGCUGCGGACACUUACACACAGGUUUUAGGUACCGCGUUUUGAUACCAACUUGACCAAAAGAGGUUGUCUUUUAAGAGCAGUUGCCCGUUGCACUACACAGUUUUAUGCAAUUUAUUCUGUUCUGUUGCUGCUAGAAAUCGAUCCAGCCGCGCGACCACCGGCUGAGGCGGUUCGCCCGUCGCGUGCCGCCGGACGCCGCGCGCGCAUCGUUUCCCCCGUUUUUAUUCUCGAUCUCAUCGCUCCGAGCUUCUUACGUUGCUG